CCCCCCGUCACCAUUCCCCAUUCCUUUUUCUCAAUCACCUUAUCUCCCCCUUUCUUCCAUGGCCUCUGCCCUCUCCUGUCAGAUUCCUUUUCUCCAGACCUGUAUGACUCACCAAUCGACUUCCCAGCUCUUUACUUCAAUCCCCCACCCCCCGUUUCACCUGUCUCCUUGUGGUUUUUCACCCCCCCCCCCCAACUACUCGUCUUUUUUUGCCAAUUACCUUUCCAGCUCUCAGCUUCACCCCACCCCCCUCUGGUCUUCUGUCAUUUCGCAUUUCCCUCUCCCCCUCCUACUUUCAAAUCUCUUACUAUCUUUCAUUUCAGUCAGUCCUGACAAAGGGUCUCGGCCCGAAAUGUCGACAGCGCUUCUCCCUAUAGAUGCUGCCUGGCCUGCUGUGUUACACCAGCAUUUUGUGUGUGUUGCUCGGAUCUCAGUAUCAAAUAACAAUUACAGCACGGGAACAGGCCAUCUCAGCCCUUCUAGUCUGUGCUGAACACUUACUCUCACCUAGUCCCACUGACCCGCACUCAGCCCAUAACCUUCCAUUCCUUUCCUGGCCAUAUACCUAUCCAAUUUUAAGUGACAAUACCGAACCUGCCUCUACCACUUCUACUGGAAGCUCAUUCCACACAGCUACCACUCUCUGAGUAAAGAUAUUCCCUCUCAUGUUACCCUUAAACUUCUGCCCCCAACUCUCAAAUUGUCUUCUUAUUGGUAUUUCCCCUACUCUCAAUGGAAAAAGCCUAUCCACGUUAACUCUCUAUCCCCCUUAUAAUUCUAAAUACCUUUAUCAAGUCCCCCUUCAACCUUCUACGCUCCAAAGAAUAAAGACCUAACUUGUUCAACCUUUCUCUGUAACUUAGGUGCUGAAACCCAGGUAAGAUUACAGUAGCAUUAGCUUCAACAUUCUAGUAAAUCUCCUCUGUACUCUCUCUAAUUUAUUGACAUCUUUCCUAUAAUUCGGUGACCAGAACUGUACACAAUAUUAUAAAUCUGGCGUCACCAAUGCCCACAGAUUUUCUCCUAUUUGCAGUUUUCAAAGGAGAGCUCGGCAGUAUCACCGACUCCACUCACGGGGGCAGCACUGAGCUGAUCUGCGACGCUGCUGCAGUCCCCAGAGAGGAGGCCGAGCGAGCUCCCCCAGAAUGAAGUUUAUUCUGGUAUGGAAACAACAGAAAGUCUUACAAAGAGUAGUAGGUGUGGCCCAAUCCAUCGGGUACAGCCCUUCCCACCACUGAGCGCUGUCGCAGGAAAGCAUCAAGGACCCCCAGCACCCAGGACAAGCUCUCUUCUCACUGCUGUCUUCAGGAAGGAAGUGCAGGAGCCUCAGGAACCACUCCACCAGGUUCAGGAACAGUCAUGACCCCUCAACCAUCAGGAAGGAGGUACAGGAGCCUCAGGACCCACUCCACCAGGUUCAGGAACAGUCAUUACCCCUCAACCAUCAGGAAGGAGGUACAGGAGCCUCAGGACCCACUCCACCAGGUUCAGGAGCAGUCAUUACCCCUCAACCAUCAGGAAGGAGGUGCAGGAGCCUCAGGAACCACUCCACCAGGUUCAGGAACAGUCAUUACCCCUCAACCAUCAGGAAGGAGGUACAGGAGCCUCAGGGCCCACUCCACCAGGUCAUUACCCCUCAACCAUCAGGAAGGAGGUACAGGAGCCUCAGAACCCACUCCACCAGGUCAUUACCCCUCAACCAUCAGGAAGGAGGUACAGGAGCCUCAGGACCCACUCCACCAGGUCAUUACCCCUCAACCAUCAGGAAGGAGGUGCAGGAGCCUCAGGAACCACUCCACCAGGUUCAGGAACAGUCAUGACCCCUCAACCAUCAGGAAGGAGGUACAGGAGCCUCAGGAACCACUCCACCAGGUUCAGGAACAGUCAUUACCCCUCAAUCAUCAGGAAGGAGGUACAGGAGCCUCAGGAACCAUUCCACCAGGUUCAGGAACAGUCAUUACCCCUCAACCAUCAGGAAGGAGGUACAGGAGCCUCAGGGCCCACUCCACCAGGUCAUUACCCCUCAACCAUCAGGAAGGAGGUACAGGAGCCUCAGGACCCACUCCACCAGGUCAUUACCCCUCAACCAUCAGGAAGGAGGUACAGGAGCCUCAGGACCCACUCCACCAGGUCAUUACCCCUCAACCAUCAGGAAGGAGGUACAGGAGCCUCAGGACCCACUCCACCAGGUCAUUACCCCUCAACCAUCAGGAAGGAGGUACAGGAGCCUCAGAACCCACUCCACCAGGUCAUUACCCCUCAACCAUCAGGAAGGAGGUACAGGAGCCUCAGGACCCACUCCACCAGGUCAUUACCCCUCAACCAUCAGGAAGGAGGUACAGGAGCCUCAGGACCCACUCCACCAGGUUAUUACCCCCAACCAUCAGGAAGGAGGUACAGGAGCCUCAGGGCCCACUCCACCAGGUCAUUACCCCUCAACCAUCAGGAAGGAGGUACAGGAGCCUCAGGGCCCACUGAACUAGGUUCAGGAACAGUCAUUACCCCUCAACCAUCAGGAAGAAGGUGCAGGAGCCUCAGGGCCCACUCCACCAGGUCAUUACCCCUCAACCAUCAGGAAGGAGGUACAGGAGCCUCAGGACCCACUCCACCAGGUCAUUACCCCCCAACCAUCAGGAAGGAGGUACAGGAGCCUCAGGGCCCACUCCACCAGGUCAUUACCCCUCAACCAUCAGGAAGGAGGUGCAGGAGCCUCAGGACCCACUCCACCAGGUUCAGGAACAGUCAUUACCCCCAACCAUCAGGAAGGAGGUACAGGAGCCUCAGGGCCCACUCCACCAGGUUAUUACCCCCAACCAUCAGGAAGGAGGUACAGGAGCCUCAGGGCCCACUCCACCAGGUCAUUACCCCUCAACCAUCAGGAAGGAGGUACAGGAGCCUCAGGGCCCACUGAACUAGGUUCAGGAACAGUCAUUACCCCUCAACCAUCAGGCUCUUCAUUCCACUUCACUCACCCCAACGCUGAACUGUCUCCACAACCUAUGGACACACUUUCAAAGACUCUUCAUCUCAUGUUCUCGAUGUUUAUUGCUCAUUUUUAAAAAAUUGUUCUUUUAUCUUUUGUUUGCACAGUUUGUUGUCUUUUGUACACUGGUUGAACGCCCAAAUUGGUGCAAACUUUCAUGGAUUAUUAUUAUUCAUUGUGGAUGUAUUGAAGAUGUCCACAAGAAAAUGAUUCGCGGGUUUGUAUCUGGUGACAUGUAUGUACUUUGAUAAUAAAUUUUCUUCAACUUUGAA